AUGGAUAAAGCCAAAUCAAUUAUCGAUAAAAAAGGGUCGGGAUCGUGUUAUGCCAACGGACUGCAAAGGGGGUUUCAUUCUCAGGCUAACAACGGUGGAUGCAAUGCAUACAAAUCAAGUGGAAACUGUAGUGGUGCUAGUAGCAAUGUUGAACACUUCCAUCAUCUGCAUACCUAUGAUGUCGAAGCCAAUGGGUCCUCUCCUGCGAAAAGAUGCAGGUUACGAAGAAGAGUUGAAUCAGUGAAGAGGAACAGGCCACGUAAGUGUCGCUGUCAAUGGGUUUUGCAGGUGUAGCUUUUGCAUUUAGUCAUUUAUGGGUUUUACUCAUCAAUUGACACAAUUACAAUAUGUUACAUUAGGCUUCAUCAGGGGUUUUCAAACAUCACCUCGGUGACCCCCACCAGCCAUUCCAUCUAUUUGAACUAUUCUUCCACAGCUAUCACAUUCACACCGGAUUCAACUUGUCAACUACUCAUCAAGCACUUAAGUAGAUGGAUCAGGUGAGCUAGUUCAGGGCUACAAUAACAUUGUGAAACGCCCGGGGGUCCUCGGGGAGAGGUUUGAAAACCACUGGGUUACACGCAUGCUGCAGGCAGUUGAAUGUAGAGAAGUUGCAUAGUCAGCUGGCCACAGCUAUGCAUGGAGAUACUGACAUCUUGCAUAAUCAUAUGGGUUUGCGAGGCAGCCGCGGUGUUUUGGUCGCUGCACGUGUAUUGUAUAUACAGUAUGAACAGUAUUUUUCAAUUCCUUUUUUCUAUUGCUAGGUAGUUGAUGGAAUCGAACGGUUCUCAUCAUCAGCUAUAGCCUAUAUUGCAUCCUGGUAGGCCCCCUAUGUGUAACACAUUGUAAAUGUACUUGGCGAAUAAAGGUGAUUCUGAAUCAAGGGACUGUGGCUGCUGCGACUAUCAUGACUGCUUUUGUCUGUCAGCAAACCAUUCUAUUAAACUAUUUUUUUCUCAUAAUCUUGACGAUAAUGUCCUGGAUAUGAGCUAUCGUUAGUUCCAGCUACGUUGUUUUUCAAUGGAGCUACGUUGUUUUAGAAAAUAAGUGACUCCUUUUGUUUUUGCAAUGGGGACACCGUGAUUGGUUUCUUCUCAGUCAGAAGUUGUGCUGAAAUCGCUCCUGAUAAGAAGGCUUGGCGUACUUCGGCCAAUUAGCGGCCGCCCUCUGUCUCCGCAAGGCUGGGUUAAAGAGCCAGGCCACCGCCCCCGAAUGUACACAAUUCCCUUUCCCCUGGUUUCUAGGAUGCUGUUAAAGAAGUUACAACUUUUAGUCGAAGUCACGGUACAAACAAAAGUUGCGUUUUCUUUGCUGUAUAAACUGGGGAAACUAAAAUAAUUGUAAACAUUGAUCUUAACUUUGCAGGCCUGUAUUUUUUUCGGGUAUUAAUAACUGUUUUUGCAUGCACCUGAGCGCAUCGAUAUGAAGCUGAGAAAUGUGAAGAAGCCAGGUAAGUUGUUUGCUAUUGUUUACAUGACAGUGGAAUUUGAGACUCUCGAAACUCGAACAUAUGAUGGGAAUAGGGUAGUGUUAAUUUGUCAGCGUAGACUACAAUUGUUGUCCCAAGUAGGGCACUUCUGAACUGCCAUUAUUGAACAACACCCUCUGGGACAUUGAUAAACAUUCUUUUCGGUGUUGUUGAGCUGAGUUUCUUUCUAGAAAAGACCUAGGGCAAGUUCAGCGGUCCACUGGCUUAGCCUGCUAGUCAGCAUUCCUCUCUGCUCCAUCUCUAAUUGUGUUAGACCUGAGAGAGAAUUGUCUGCUGUGCCCUAGUUGUCGCGCCAGCCUGGUCUCAUAGACUAGACGUAGCAUAGUAAAAGUAAAUGUAAAUCAAAUAAACUGGAAUUUGUAUGAUAUGUUACCUUUUACAUUUACAUUUGGUAUGGUUACAAAAUACAAAAUGGUUACUUAAGGGAAAAACGAAAGUAGGGUGGUUGGUCGAGAAGGGUGCAAUUGCGGCCUGCAAUUCGAGGCGUUCCUGCAUGUUGGGGUGUUGCUACAUGUUGGCAUGUGGGUGUUGCUGCAUGUGGGUUGUUGCUGCAUGUAGGUUGUUGCUGCAUGUAGGUGUUGCUGCAUGUGAGUGUUGCUCCAUGUGGGUGUUGCUGCAUGUAAGUGUUGCUGCAUGUAGGUGUUGCUGCAUGUGGGGUGUUGCUGCAUGUAAGUGUUGCUGCAUGUGGGUGUUGCUGCAUGUAAGUGUUGCUGCAUGUGUGUGUUGCUGCAUGUGGGGUGCGCCAUGGUGUGUUGCUGCAUGUGGGGUGUUGCUGCAUGUAGGUGUUGCUUCAUGUGGGGUGUUGCUGCAUGUGUGAUGUUGCUGCAUGUAGGGUGUUGCUUCAUGUAGGGUGUUGCUUCAUGUGGGGUGUUGCUGCAUGUGGGGUGUUGCUGCAUGUGGGGUGUUGCUGCAUGUAGGUGUUGCUUCAUGUGGGGUGUUGCUGCAUGUGUGGUGUUGCUGCAUGUAGGUGUUGCUUCAUGUGGGGUGUUGCUGCAUGUAGGUGUUGCUUCAUGUGUGGUGUUGCUGCAUGUGGGGUGUUGCUGCAUGUAGGUGUUGCUUCAUGUAGGGUGUUGCUUCAUGUGGGGUGUUGCUGCAUGUGGUGUUGCUGCAUGUGGGGUGUUGCUGCAUGUGGGGUGUUGCUGCAUGUAUGUGUUCCUGCAUCUGCAGCAACCCUCAUUAUACUUUCAUUUAUAUAUUUUUUAGUUAGGACAGGUGGGAGGCGGGGGCACUCCAGUAAAGUAGGGGGCAUUAAUGCACAAUGAUGUUGGAUGCCAGCCACCGAUAAACUCCACAGAAGAAUGGACGGGGGUGACAACAGUAGCUAACCCUACACCGGUAGACAGUGUCCUUCACCCCCGACUGUCGGACACUGUUUCUCCGCUGUUCUCUUAACAACGGCAAGGGCAUGUGUUUGGCAGGCGGGAGCAAAUUACACAGUGCUAGCUUAGCCAGCUAGUCCUAAGGAGGACACCGGUACACAGCAGGCGGGAGGCAGGGUCGACACAGUGUCGCUAACUAUCAUGCUAGCUAGCACACAGUGUUGUUAACUAUCAAGCUAGCUAGUUCACUGUGUCGCUAACUGUCAAACUAGCUAGGACACUAUGUCGCUAACUUUUAAGCUAGCUAGUACACUGUCACUAACUAUCAAGCGAGCUAAUACACUGUGUCGCUAACUAUCAAACUAGCUAGCACACUGUGUCAUUGACUAUCUGCUGUGCUAUUGGGAGGCGGGGACGACCAAUGGGGUGCUCGGGGGGGGCGUUCAUGCAGGAACCAAUGGGAUGCUUGAUGAUCACAUGCAGGAACUCCCCGAAUUGCGGGCUGCAGUUGCACCCUGUUGGGUUGGUCAGGCGUGUACGUCUAGCAAAGGUUAAGUCUCAUCAAGGGGAACAUUAGGAUUUUAGCUAAUUAGCAACUUUGCAACUACUUACUACUUUUGAUCUACUUUGCAACUACUUAGCAUGUUAGCUAACCCUUCCCCUAACCAUAACACUUUAGCCUAGCUAACCUUAACCCCUAGCCUAGCUAAUGUUAGCCACCUAGCUAACAUCAAAUUGGAAUUCGUAACAUAUCAUACAUUUUGCGAAUUCGUAACAUGGUAAUACAUAUGAAAUGUAGCAUAUUUUACUAAUCUGAGUGUCGAGGAUUUACAUGUACUAUGUUACGUCUACCCCUGAGUCCAGGUUGGUCGCAUGUCCCCCUCUGUUUUUAGAGAUUUCCAGUGGAAGCAUCCAUCCACACCAGCAGUUAAUGUCUUGGUCUUUUCGAGUGUAUUACGGUAUCAAUAUUCAGAUACGUUUUUGGAAAGAGCCUGAUUGUUCACAUCAAAGCCCAUAUGUUGGUUAAUCAUUAAUCAGUUGUUUCAAAUCUCAAUGGUGAUCUUUGGUGCCGUUUGAUGGGUCUGACCCUGAGAUUUUUUCAUAUGCUGAUGUUGCAAUGUAUACUUCAAGUUCACUGAAGCCAUUUUAAACCAUCAACUAUAUGAUUUAAACCACUAACUAUGCCUAAUGCCAUGCAGUAUGUAGGCACAUAAAAGGCAAACGGGGUGGCAGGUAGCCUAGUGGUUAAGAGCGUUGGGCCAGUACACAGCCCAUCUGAAAUUAGCCAGCCCAACUACCUCAUCCCUAUAUUGUUAUUUAUUUUGCUCAUUUGUACCCCAGUAUCUCUAUUUGCACAUCAUCUCUUGCACAUCUAGCAUUCCAGUGUUAAUACUAAUUGUAAUUAUUUUGCACUAUAGCCUAUUUAUUGCCUUACCUCCAUAACUUGCUACAUUUGCACACACUGUAUAUAUAUAUGUAUUUCUGUUGUAUUUUUGACUUUGUUUUGUUUUACCCCAUAUGUAACUCUGUGUUGUUGUUUUUAUCGCACUGCUUUGCUUUAUCUUGGCCAGGUCGCAGUUGUAAAUGAGAACUUGUUCUCAACUGGUUUACCUGGUUAAAUAAAGGUGAAAUAAAAAAAAAAACUUGUUGAUGUGCCCGUGAGCAAGGCACUUAACCCUAAUUGCUCCUGUAAGUCGCUCUCGAUAAGAGUGUCUGCUAAAUGACUAAAAUGUCAAACGUAAAUACAAACUGAGGCUAUAGAUGAACAUAUCAGUAACACACAAUGUACCUAAAUGGUGUGAUCAAUAUCAGCGUAAUUAUAGAGAUUUCAAAUGAGCCCUAAUUGAUCUGAAGUGGUGUAGCGUAUUACACAAGAUGCACAUUCAGCUUGGCAAUGCCCUCAACAUUCUUGCUGAGCUCUCAUUUGGAUAACCUCAAGUCUUAACAUUUACCAUUGAUUAUUAUAGCUACAGGUUAUCUACCCAGGGAUAUUGCAUGAAGUACUGCAUCAGUUGGUUAAAGAAAACACUCUUCCUAUUUGCCUACAUCUAAGCUGGUAAUGAAUUGAUCAAUACUGUACUUAAAUAUGCUCUGACUUUUUAGUAUCAAUGAAUCAUAACAUCACACCAGGUUAUUUGGCAGCCACUGCAGAAAAUUCCAAAUUAGACGCGUUUAGAAAAACGUUGGCUAAAACCACGGUGUAGGCUAACCAAUAUAAAGCCUUUCAAUGGAGCAUCUGGGAGUAGUGUGAAGUUGACCCUGAUCAGUUUAGCAUUUUCCACACUAAUGGUUAAGGUUAGGAUUGGGUUUGGGGAAGCUGAUCCUAGCUCAGUACCUAGGGGAACCUUCACCCAGGAGUGUGAGGAGGAACGGUCGGUUUUGAAAGUGUCGUUGUCUUUGUUUGCACGGAACGUCUCUCAUAAAGAGAUCCCAGAUUAGAGAUCUGUCAAUUUUCUACCACUAGUUACAGUUCACAGAUGACUGACACGUUUUGUGGACACUGACACUGGUUUCACUGGUAUGUGUAGGUCCAUUUUAUUUAUACUUUUUUUUGUUGUUCACCUUUAUUCACCAGGAAAAGCCCAUUGAGACACACUGUUUUGCAAGGGAGACCUGUCCAAGAAGGCAUCAGCAAUCAAUACAACAUUACACAAUACAAGCAACACAACAAUACUAUCCAAUGAAGGGUGGGUUCUGGUCUCUUGGUUUAUAAUGGAAAUCAAGAGGAGGGGUGGAGUAUGGUAGACUACACAAGGGUUGGGCUCCAUUCCAUUUAAAUUCCAGUCAAUUCAGAAAGUAAACCAAAUUCCAAUUCUAAAUGUUCCUCAUUGAAAAGCAUUGAAGAGAAUUGGAAUUUCAAUGUACUUCCUGAAUGUAAAUGGAAUUGAGCCCAACCUUGGUCUACAUCGUAUGUCCCAUCACUAAUCCUGUAGCAUUGAUAGAGUAAAGAGAAAGUUAGGGAACAGAACAUUUUCAAAACCCACCUGAACGCCAACAGAUAUUACGAUUUAUAGCGACAUGUCAUACAGGAUGUGAACGAGCAUCACAUACCAGAACUAGAAGACAUUCUGAAUGAAGAACACCUACAGAUGGAUAUGAAUGUAGAUAAAAAUCUUAUCUCUUCUGUGAUUUUCCAUCUCCACCAUACAGCCUCUCUAUUCACACUUCCUCUCUCUACUGACACUCACUCACUCACUCACUCACUCACUCACUCACUCACUCACUCACUCACUCACUCACUCACUCACUCACUCACUCACUCACUCACUCACUCACUCACUCACUCACUCACUCACUCACACAAAGCACCUACAGCAGGGCAGGGCAGGAGUCUCACUGGUGGGGUGACUUUCAUGUGCUCCCUGAUAAAGAAUGAUUCUACUACCCCCAACUGCCCCUAACCCUGCUCCCUGAAAAAGAAUGAUUCCACUACUCGGGAGGCUGGUUUGCCUCUCAUCUAGUAAUCCUUCAACCUAAGGAAAGCUUGUAGCAGUAGACCCUGGUCUCAUUCCAUCAGUUGUUAGGGUUAGGGUUAUGGUUAGGGUUAGGGUUAUGGUUAGGGUUAGGGGUUAGGGUUAGGGGUUAGGGUUAUGGUUAGGGUUAGGGUUAGGGUUGGGGUUAGGGUUAGGGUUAGGUCCCUCAAGCUAAGGAAUGCUUGUAGCAGUAGACCUUGGUCUCACUAUCAGUUGAGGGUCCACUUCCCGGUAUGUUUUCAUGGAAUCCUAUCAGAUAUGGUAUAACCAGUUUUGGCAGAAUGUUAUAUAAUCACUUUAUAGAGGUCUUGCACACUAAUUGAACUCUGGGAGUCAUAAUCUCAACGCAGACUUUGCCUCUUGUCAAGUAGUGACUCUCCUAAACCUAGAUAUGACAUUUGACCAGAAAAGAGGCUUCUUUAGAACAGAAUAACUUGUCUACCAGCAAAGAGGCUGCUUUAGCAAGCAAGCAAGUUUAUUUAUAUAGCACAAUUCAUACAUCGAAGCAAUUUAAUGUGCUUUACAAAGAUGUUUAUCAAAAAUUAUGAAAACAUCAUAAUAAUAAAAAUACAAUAAAAAAACAAAACAUAUAAAGAUUAAAAAUUAAAAUAAAAAAAUAAGAUAAAAACAUAGGAAGCUCUAAGGCUAAACAGUGUGGUUCAGUUUAAGUGCUCAGUCGUAGGCACGUGAAAAGAGAAGUGUUUUUAACCUGGAUUUAGAACAGAAUAACUGGUCUACCAGCAAAGAGGCCUCAUUCUAUGAUGCAUCUCAAUGAAUGUUCAUCCCUGAAAUAUAAGUGCGACUGUAAUGCCCCCGCCCACACCCCAAAAAACCCCAACAACAAACACCACCACUCUAGGAAAAAUAAAAAAUAUUCAUCUCGAAAGCAGGUUUCCAUGUCAACUUGAGCUGUGUUGUAGCUGUGAAUUUAGCCUACAGUGUUUAUUUUUUAAUUUUUACUCCACCUAUCUGCCUGGUCUGCAUGCGUAAGCAAACAUAUGUACAAAUAACCUACUUAAAAUGGCACCACCAGCCAUUGAAAUAUCUCAAAUGAGAUAAUAAUAAUAAUAAUAAUAUGCCAUUUAGCAGACGCUUUUAUCCAAAGCGACUUACAGCUGAAACAACCGGGAAACGAUGUGGUAAUAACAUCUUCAAUGCUUAUGUAUCUCUCGCUUUGCCUUGACAGCCUUCCCCUGGUUCGGGAUGGACAUCGGCGGUACUCUGGUGAAGCUGGUCUACUUCGAGCCCAAGGACAUCACGGCGGAGGAGGAGCAGGAAGAGGUGGAGAGCCUGAAGAGCAUCCGUCGCUACCUGACCUCCAACACGGCGUACGGGAAGACGGGCGUGCGAGACGUUCACCUGGAGCUGAAGAACCUGACCGUGUGCGGCCGGACGGGCAACCUGCACUUCAUCCGCUUCCCCACGCAGGCCAUGCACCGCUUCAUCCAGAUGGGCCGGGACAAGAACUUCUCCAGCCUCCACACCACGCUCUGCGCCACUGGCGGCGGGGCCUACAAGUUUGAGAAUGACUUCAGAACGGUGAGUGAUCGGGAGAGUCUCCUUUGGGCAAAAGACCGUCCUCGACUCCUCUGUCCUCUCUCCUCCUUGAUCCGGAAACCGAUAAGUGGUCAAGAAGAGCGUCAAUACGUUAGUUUUUUGAAACACUGGGCUCUGGACCUUUUUGAACCCUGUGCUCUACUGUACUGGUGUUGAAACGUGGUGUGUUGUCAUAAAGUUCAUUGUGGUGCCGGCUGGCUGUGCUUCUCUGCUUUGUUAUAUAACCAGUCAUUCAUCAUCAUUAACCCUGACUGCUGUUUGCUUUAUACACAUGCUCUGAUCUUACUCUGCAUGAUUUGAUUUGCCUCACACCACAUCUCCUUUCUGUCUGUCUGUCUGUCUGUCUGUCUGUCUGUCUGUCUGUCUGUCUGUCUGUCUGUCUCUCUCUCUCUCUCUCUCUCUCUGUCUCUGUCUCUGUCUCUGUCUCUGUCUCUGUCUCUGUCUCUGUCUCUGUCUCUGUCUCUCUCUCUCUCUCUCUCUCUCUCUCUCUCUCUCUCUCUCUCUCUCUGUCUCUGUCUCUGUCUCUGUCUCUCUCUCUCUCUGUGUCUCUCUCUCUCUCUCUCUCUCUCUCUCUCUCUGUCUCUGUCUCUGUCUCUGUGUCUCUCUCUCUCUCUGUGUCUCUCUCUCUCUCUCUCUCUCUCUCUCUCUCUCUCUCUCUCUCUCUCUCUCUCUCUCUUUCUUUCUACCAAAUUCCCACCUCCGCCCCCUCUCCAGAUGGCUGAUUUAGAGCUGUUGAAGCUGGAUGAGCUUGACUGUCUGAUUCGUGGCCUGCUCUACGUGGACUCAGUGAGCUUCAACGGUCACCCUCAGUGUUACUACUUGGAGAACCCGUCAGACACCCAGAACAGUGUGAAGACCCCGUGCAGUCUGGCCGACCCGUUCCCUAUGCUGCUGGUCAACAUUGGAUCUGGGGUUAGCAUCCUUGCUGUGUACUCCAAAGAUGACUACAAACGGGUCACCGGUACCAGGUAAAGCACAGGACAAAACGGACAGGGAUUCUCUUUUAUAUUUUCAAAAGCCUUGAAGGUCUGCAUUUAUGGUAGUGUUUAAAAUCUGAAAUGUUUAGGCUAUUAAGGACAGUGCUGUUCACCAGUGCCAAUUCAAAUCCAUUUUAUUUAUCAGCGGUGAACUGGGUUUUCCCAGGUGAAUGACCCAAAUAAAUACUUUUAUAACAUGGUGGGUGUCAUUGUACAGAAAGGAACUGUAAUCUUCAAAAAAGACACUGGUACAUUUUUCAUAAUAAGAAGAGAGAAUCAUCAUACGUUGUCAUGUCAACAUAGAUUACAGAGAAAAGCAAUAAUGUACAAUUGCUGUGCGUCAUUCAUAGUAGCUGUUUUUUGUAGUUGAAUUGUGACUCACAAUGGAUAAUAGUUAGACUGCUUUUAUUGUUAUUAGCAAGCCAGGUUUGAACAACGUCUACGUCAGAAUACAAAGCGCUGCAUGUGCAGCAUGCACCCUAGACAGUAGGGACUGUCUGCCUGCUCGUUGCUCAAGGACAGUCUAUAUUUACGGCAGUUCAACCUUGGAACGUCUCAAAAUAGAAAACGGCACCGGGGUGAAAGAGCUCAUGCUGGUAUUUACAGUGCCUACAGAAAAUAUUCAUACCCCUUGACUUAUUCCACAUUUUGUUGUGUUACAGCCUCACCCAUCUACACACAAAAUACCCCAUAAUGACAGUGAAAACAAGUUGUUCGAUUUGCAAAUCUAUUGAAAAUGAAAUACAGAAAUCAUUAAUUUACAUAAGUAUUCACACCUCUGAGUCAAUACUUUGUAGAAGCACCUUUGGCGGCGAUUACGGCUUUGAAUUGUCUUGGGUAUGUCUGUAUCAGCUUUGCACAUCUGGAUUUGGGGAUUUUCUUCCAUUCUUCCUUGCAGAUUUUCUCAAGCUCUGUUAAGUUAGAUGGGGAGCGGCAGUGAACAGCAAUCUUCAAGUCUUUCCACAGAUAUUCAAUGGGAUUCAAGUCUAGGCUUUGGCUGGGCCACUCAAGGACUUUCACAUUCUUGUUCUGAAGCCAUUCCAUCGUUGCUUUGGCUGUAUGCUUGGGGUCAUUGUCCUGUUGGAACGUAAAUCUUUGCCCCCAGUCUCAGGUCGUUUGCACUCUGAAGCAGGUUCUUAUCAAGGAUUUACCUGUAUUUGGCUCCAUUCAUUGUUCCCUCUAUCCUUACCAGUCUCCCAGUUCCUGCCGCUGAAAAGCAUCCCCAUAGCAUGAUGCUGCCACCACCAUGCUUCAUGGUAGGGAUGGUGUUUCGACAGGUGAUGAGCUGUGCCUGGUUUUCUCCAGGCUUUGCAAAUAGGCCAAAUAGUUUAAUUUUUGUCUCAUCAGACCACAGAAUAUUUUGCCUUAUGAUUUUAGAGUCUUUUAAACUCCAGGCGUGCUGUCAUGUGGCUUCCGUCUGGCCACUCUCUCAUAAAGCCAAGAUUGGUGAAGUGCUGUAGAGACUGUUGUCCUUCUGGCAGGUUCUCCCAUCUCAGCCAAGGAACCUCUGUAGUUCUGUCAGAGUGAUCAUUAGGUUCUUGGUUACGUCCCUGACCAAGGUCCUCCUUGCCUGGUUGCUUAAUUUGCCCGGUUGCUCAGUUUGCCCAGAUGGCCAGCUCUAGGCAGAGUCUGGGUAGGUCCAUAUUUUUUCAAUUUCCCAGUGAUGGAGACCACUGUGCUCUUGGAAACUUGCAACACUCUAGACAUUGUUUUAUACCCAUCCCCUGAUAUACAGUACUAGUCAAAAGUUUGGACAUACCUACUCAUUCAAGGGUUUUUCUUUAUUUUUACUAUUUUCUACAUUGUAGAAUAAUAGUGAAGACGUCAAAACUAUGAAAUAACACAUAUGGAAUCAUGUAGUAUCCAAAAAAGUGUUAAACAAAUCAAAAUAUAUGUUAUAUUUGAGAUUCUUCAAAGUAGCCACCCUUUGCCUUGAUGACAGCUUUGCACACUCUAGGCAUUCUCUUAACCAGCUUCAUGAGGAAUGCUUUUCCAACAGUCUUGAAGGGGUUCCCACAUAUGCUGAGCACUUGUUGGCUGCAUUUCCUUCACUCUGCAGUCCAAAUCAUCCCAAACCAUCUCAACUGGGUUGAGGUCGGGUGAUUGUGGAGGCCAGGUCAUCUGAUGCAGCACUCCAUCACUCUCCUUGGUCAAAUAGCCCUUACACAGCCUGGAGGUGUGUUUUGGGUCAUUUUCCUGUUGAAAAACAAAUGAUAGUCCCACUAAGCGCAAACCAGAUGGGAUGGCGUAUCGCUGCAGAAUGCUGUGUUGGUUGUGUGCCUUGAAUUCUAAAUAAAUCACUGACAGUGUCACAAGCAAAGCACCCCCACACCAUCACACCACCUCCUCCAUGCUUCACGGUGGGAACCACACAUGCAGAGAUAAUCCGUUCACCUACUGUGCGUCUCACAAAGACACAGCGGUUGGAACCAAAAGUCUCAUAUUUGGACUCAUCAGACCAAAGGACAGAUUUCCACCGGUCUAAUGUCCAUUGCUCGUGUUUUUUUUGUUUGUUUUUUAAAAGUAAUUUAGCAGACGCUCUUAUCCAGAGCGACUUACAGGAGCAAUUAGGGUUAAGUGCCUUGCUUAAGGGCGCAUCGACAGAUUUUUCACCUAGUCGGCUCGGGGAUUAGAACCAGCGACCUUUUGGUUACUGGCACAACGCUCUUACCCACUAAGCUACCUGCCGUGUUUCUUGGCCCAAGCAAGUCUCUUCUUCUUAUUGGUGUCCUUUAGUAGUGGUUUCUUUGCAGCAAUUCGACAAUGAAGGCCUGAUUUCAUGCAGUCUCCUCUGAACAGUUGAUGUUGAGAUGUCUGUUACUUGAACUCUGUGAAUCAUUUAUUUGAGCUGCAAUCUGAGGUGCAGUUAACUCUAACUUAUUCUCUCGUUCUUCCUUUCCUGUGGCGGUCCUCAUGAGAGCCAGUUUCAUCAUAGCGCUUGAUGGUUUUUGCGACUGCACUUGAAGAAACUUUAAAGUCUUGACAUUUUCCGGAUUGACUGACCUUCAUGUCUUAAAGUAAUGAUGGACUGUCAUUUCUCUUUGCUUAUUUGAGCUGUUCUUGCCAUAAUAUGGACUUAGCCCUAUUUGGUCAAAUACCAUAUUCUGGAUACCACCCCUACCUUGUCACAACACAACUGAUUGGCUCAAACACAUUAAGAAGGAAAGAAAUUCCACAAAUUAACUUUUAACAAGGCACACCUGUUAAUUGAAAUGCAUUCCAGGUGACUACCUCAUGAAGCUGGUUGAGAGAAUGCCAAGAGUGUGCAAAGCUGUCAUCAAGGCAAAGGGUGGCUACUUUGAAGAAUCUAAAAUCUAAAAAUAUAUUUUGAUUUGUUUAACACUUUAUUGGUUACUACAUGAUUCCAUGUGUUAUUUCAUAGUUUUGAUGUCUUCGCUAUUAUUCUACAAUGUAGAAAAUAGUAAAAAUAAAGGAAAACCCCUUGAAUGAGUAGGUGUGUCCUAACUUCUGACUGGUACUGUAUGCCUCAUCACAAUUCUAUCUCGGAGAUCUACGGACAGUUCCUUCUAUGGACUUCCUGGUAUAGUCUCUGCUCUGAAGUGCACUGUGGGACCUUAUAUAGACAAGUGCGUUUCUUUCUAAAUCACGUCCAAACAUUUGAAUUGCCCACAGGUGGACUCCAAUCAAGUUGUAGUGACAUCUCCAGGAUGAUCAAAGGAAAUUGGAUGCGCCUGAACUCAAUUUUGGAGUGUCAUAGCAAAGGGGUGUGAAUACUUAUGUAAAUGAGAUAUUUCAGUUUCAUUUUCAAUACAUUUGCAAAAAUCUCUAAAAACAUGUUUUCACUUCGUCAUUAUGGGGUAUCGUGUGUAGCUGGGUGAGGAAUAUGAAUACUUUCUGAAGCACUGUAUGUCAUUUUUAAGCUUUCAGUUAUAGUGCCUUCAGAAAGUAUUCAGACCCCAUGACUUAUUCUACAUUUUGUUGAUACAGCCUGAAUUCAAAAUUGAUUAAAUAUAUUUGUUUUAUCUCACCCAUCUAAACACAAUAACCCAUAAUGACAAAGUGAAAGCAUGUUUUUAGAAAUGUUAGCACAUUUUUUGAAAAUGAAAUACUGAAAUAUCUCAUUUACAUAAUAUUCACACCCCUUUGUAGAAUAACCUUUUUGGUAGCGAUUACAGCUGUGAGUCUUUCUGGGUAAGUCUCUAAGAGCUUUCCACACCUGGAUUGUGCAACAUUGCCCAUUUUUAUUUUCAAAAUUCUUCAAGCUCUUUCAAAUUGGUUGUUGAUCAUUGCUAGACAGACAUUUUCAGGUCUUGCCAUAGAUUGAAGUAGUCAAAACUGUAACUCGGCCACUCAGGACCAUUCACCUUCUUCUUGUAGAUUUGGCCUUGUGUUUUAGGAUAUUGUCCUGCUGGAAGGUGAAUUCACCACCCAGUGUCUGGUGGAAAGCAGACUGAACAAGGUUUUCCUCUAGGAUUUUGUCUGUGCUUAGCUCCAUUCCAUUUAUUUUUUAUCCUGAAAAACUCCCCAGACCUUAACGAUUACAAGCAUACCCAUAACAUGAUGCAGCCACCACUUUGCUUGAAAAUAUGGAGAGUGGUACUCGGUAAUGUGUUGUAUUGGAUUUGCCCCGAACAUAACACUUUGUAUUCAGGACAAAAAGUUAAUUGCUUUGACACAUUUUAUUGCAGUAUUACUUUAGUGCCUUGUUGUAAAUAGGAUGCAUUCUUUGGAAUAUUUGUAUUCUGUACAGGCUUCCUUCUUUUCACUCUGUCAAUUAGGUUAGUAUUGUGGAGUUACUACAAUGUUGUUGAUCCAUCUUCAGUUUUCUAUCACAGCCAUUAAACUCUGACUGUUUUAAAGUCACCAUUGGCCUCAUGGUGAAAUCCCUGAGCGGUUUCUUUCCUCUCCGGCAACUGAAUUAAGAAGGACGCCUGUAUCUUUGUAGUGACUAGGUGUAUUGAUACACCAUCCAAAGUGUAAUGAAUAACUUCACCGUGCUCAAAGGGAUAUUCAAUGUCUACUUUAUUUGUAUUUUACACAUCUACCAAUAGGUGCCCUUCUUUGCGAGGCAUUGGAAAACCUCCCUGGUCUUUGUGGUUGAAUCUGUGUUUGAAAUUCACUGCUCGACUGAGGGACCUUACAGAUAAUUGUGGGGUACAGAGAUGAGGUAGUCAUUCAAAAAUCUUGUUAAAACUAUUAUUGCACACAGAGUUCAUGCAACUUAUUAUGUGACUUGUUAAGCAAAUCUUUACUCCUGAACUUAUUUAGGCUUUCCAUAACAAAGGGGUUGAAUAAUUAUUGACUCAAGACAUUUCAGCUUUUCAUUUUUAGUUAAUUCCACUUUGACAUUAUGGGGUAUUUUGUGUAGGCCAGUGACACAAAAUCUCAAUUUAAUCAAUUUUAAAUUCAGGCUGUAACACAACAAAAUGUGGAAAAACUCCAGGGGUGUGAAUAAUUUCUGAAGGCACUGUAACUCUUUCAAAGAAGGAUAACUUGGCUGUGGUUUAGUCAAGGUUAGAUUAGUAAAAGUGUUUGGGUAACCAAGGAGAGACCACCCAGGUCAUUGUGACAGUUCCUAAUGUCUUGUGACAGUUCCUGUUGGCUUGUGACAGUUCCUGUUGGCUUGUGACAGUUCCUGUUGGCUUGUGACAGUUCCUGUUGGCUUGUGACAGUUCCUGUGGGCUUGUGACAGUUCCUGUUGGCUUGUGACAGUUCCUGUGGGCUUGUGACAGUUCCUGAGGGCUUGUGACAGUUCCUGAGGCCUUGUGACAGUUCCUGUUGCCUUGUGACAGUUCCUGUGGGGCUUGUGACAGUUCCUGUGGGCCUUGUGACAGUUCCUGUGGGCCUUGUGACAGUUCCUGUGGGCCUUGUGACAGUUCCUGUGGGCCUUGUGACAGUUCCUGAUGGCUUGUGACAGUUCCCGUGGGCCUUGUGACAGUUCCUGUGGGCUUGUGACAGUUCCUGUGGGCUUGUGACAGUUCCUGUGGACUUGGGGUCAUCUUACAGUUCCUAUGGGACCUGUUCUGCCUACCCUCACUAACUCUCCCUGUCUCAGGCUGAGAAGAGACUCAUUUUUAGGCCUCUGCUGUAAGUUAAUUCAGGACCUCUUUCAAUGACCCUUCCUCAGCAUAAGGGACGAGACCGUAACUUUAAGCACGCAUGGGUGUAACUACAAAAUGUCACACAUUUCCCAUUGAUGUCAAUGCAUGAUUUACAGUCUUGGUGGGGGUACGCUCCUGGGCCUGAUCCCUUCUCUGUGUCCUCCCCUCAAUUUGGAGUGUCAUAGCAAAGGGGUGUGAAUACUUAUGUGUAAAUGCGAUAUUUCAGUAUUUCAUUUUCAAUACAUUCGCAAAAAAAAUCUCUAAAAACAUGUUUUCACUUCGUCAUUAUGGGGUAUUGUGUGUAGCAGGGUGAGGAAUAUGAAUUCUUUCUGAAGGCACUGUAUGUCUCUGUUUUCCUCCCCUCAGUCUUGGUGGGGGAACGUUCCUGGGCCUGUGCUGCUUGCUGACUGGGUGUGAGACGUUUGAAGAGGCGCUGGAUAUGGCUAGCAGAGGGGACAGCAGCAAUGUGGACAAGCUGGUGAAGGAUAUCUACGGAGGAGACUAUGAGCGCUUCAGUCUCCAAGGAUCUGCUGUGGCCUCCAGGUGAGCGAGGGACCACUCAGUACCGGGACAUUCUACUGGAUCUACCAUGAUAAUAUAUACCAUUAUAUCUACCAUGAUAAUAUAUACCAUUAUAUCUACCAUGAUAAUAUAUACCAUUAUAUCUACCAUGAUAACAUAUACCAUUAUAUCUACCAUGAUAAUAUAUACCAUUAUAUCUACCAUGAUAAUAUAUACCAUUAUAUCUACCAUGAUAAUAUAUACCAUUAUAUCUACUAUGAUAAUAUACGCUGAGUAAACAUUAAGAACACCUGCUUUUUCCAUGACAUAGACUGACCAAGUAAAUCCAGGUGAAAGCUAUGAUCCCUUAUUGAUGUCACUUGUUAAAUCCACUUUAAUCAGUGUAGAUGACGGGGAGGAGGCAGGUCAAAGAAGGAUUUUAAGCCUUGAGACAACUGAGACAUGGAUUGUGUAUGUGUGCCAUUCAGAGGGUGAAUGGGCAAGACAAAACAUUUAAGUGCCUUUGAACGGGGUAUGGUAGUAGGUGCCAGGCGCACCGGUUUGUGUCAAGAACUGUAACGCUGCUGGGAUUUUCCCGCUCAACAGUUUCCUGUGUAUCAAGAAUGGUCCACCACCCAAAGGACAUCCAGCCAACUUGACACAACUGUGGGAAGCAUUGGAGUCAACAUGGGCCAGCAUCCUUGUGGAACACUUUCGACACCUUGUAGAGUCCAUGCCCCGACGAAUUGAGGCUGUUUACUUAGGGCAAAAGGGGGUGCAACUCAAUAUUAGGAAGGUGUUCCUAAUGUUUUUUACACUUAAGUGUAUGAUGAGUUAUAUCUACCACUUAAUUUACACUUAUUGGCAAGUUUAUUAGGUACAUCCAUCUAGUACUGGGUUGGACCCUCCUGUAGCCAUGGAAGGCUGCACCUGGUCAGCAACAAUGUUCAUAUACACUGUGGCGUUCAGCCGUUGCUCAAUUGGUAUCAAGGGACCUAACGUGUGCCAGGAGAACAUUCCCCACACCAUUACACCACUGCCACCAGCCUGUACCGUUGACACCGGGCAGGAUGGGGCCAUGGACUCAUGUUGCGUAUGCUAAACCCUGACUCUGCCAUCAGCAUGAUGCAACAGGAACCGGGAUUCGUCAGACCAGGCAAUGUUUUUCCACUCAAUUGUCCAGUGUUGGUGAUCGCGUGCCCACUAAAGCCGGCGUCUUCUUGUUUUUAGCUGAUAGGAGUGGAACCCGGUGUGGUCGUCUGCUGCAGUAGCCCAUCCGUGACAAGGACCGACGAGUUGUGCGUUCCGAGAUGCCGUUUUGCACACCACUGUUGUACUGCGCCGUUAUUUGCCUGUUUGUGGCCCGCCUGUUAGCUUGCACGAUUCUUCUCAUCAACGAGCUGUUUUCAGCCCACAGGACUGCCACUGACUGGAUGUUUUUUGUUUGUCGCACCAUUCUCGGUAAACCCUAGACACGUCGUGCGUGGAAAGCCCAGGAUGCCGGCCGUUUCUGAGAUACUGGAACCGGCACGCGACUAUCAUACCACGCUCGGUCGCUUAGGUCACUCGUUUUUGCCCAUUCUAACGUUCAAUCGAACAGUAACUGGAUGCCUCAAAGCCUGUCUGCCUGCUUUAUAUAGCAAGCCACGUGACUCACUGUCUGUAGGAGCGAACCAUUUUCAUGAAUGGGGUGGUGUAUCUAAUAAACUGGCCACUGAGUGCAGCCAGGCAUCGAGGCAUUCGGUUACGUUAGGUCCCUUGAUACCAAUUGAGCAACGUUUCUAUGUCCUGAAGAAUUCUGGCUGUUCUGGUGGCAAAGGGGGUCUGACCCAGUACUAGCCACUGAGUGGAUGUACCAUUUAUAUCUACCAUGAUAAUAUAUGUACCAUUAUAUCUACCAUGAUAAUAUAUAUACCAUUAUAUCUACCAUGAUAAUAUAUGUACCAUUAUAUCUACUAUUAUAUCUACCAUGAUAAUAUAUAUACCAUUAUAUCUACUAUUAUAUCUACUAUGAUAAUAUAUGUACCAUUAUAUCUACUAUGAUAAUAUAUGUACCAGGGUUGGUCAAUUCCAUUUAAAUUCCAGUCAAUUCGGGUAGUACACUGAAAUUCCAAUUUGCUUCAUUUAGGAAAAUGUGGUAUUGGAAAUUGGUUUACUUUCUGAAUUUUAAAUGAGAUUGAUUUUUUAAUUGACCCCAACCCUGAUAUGUACCAUUUAUAUAAUCAUUAUUAAGAUCAUUAUGAUGAACAUCAGGCUAUAUUAUCUACCAUGAUAAACCGGCCAGUCAUGCCUUCUUAUUCAUUAAACUGAGUUAAUUUACAUAGUCAUAUGUUGAAUUAUGUAGGCUUUUAUUCGUAAGUGAUGGCACAUGAAACACACUUUGUAAUUUCAAGAGCUCCCUCUGAAAAUAUGCCAUACUGGGAUUGGUUUUAGAAAUAUAUACUUAUUUGGGUAUUUAAAUUCUUGUUUCUUAGAAAUGCAGGGGUCUUUUCUAACGGAGCGCUGGCACCGAGGAGCUCAGAGGAAAAAAGGUGUUGCUAGUUGCUUCCGCAAUAGUAUAAAUUCUGCAACUAAUCCUGAAUUAAUUCUUAAUUCUUGGUAAUAAUUCAGUAUGUCUGUGUAAUAAUUCAGUCUCGGUGUAAUUAAUUACCAAUGAAGUUCAAAUAGUUACCCAGUAUUAAGUGGGUUAUUAUGGUAGUUAAUGAACUGUAAAAGCAGGUACACAGAUAUAAGGUGCAAUGUACAGGUAACUGCCAAAAUAAUGAAAACGCUUGAGUAAACGAGGGACAGGCGUAUUGAAAGCAGGUGCUUCCACACAGGUGUGGUUCCUGAGUAAUACAAUUGACAUCCCAUCAUGCUUAGGGUCAUGUGUAAAAAAAAACAAAUUCGGGGCAGGCCAUUAUUUUGGCACCAUGGUUAUGUCCCUAUAGGAUGACAAUGCGCCCAUCCACAGGACACGAGUGGUCACUGACUGGUUUGAUAGACAUGAAAAAUGAUGUAAACCAUAUGCCAUGGUCGUCUCAGUCACCAGAUCUCAACCCAAUUGAACACUUAUAGGAGAUUCUGGAGCGGUGCCACCCAAUAGAGUUUGAGACAUUUGUAGAAUCUAUGCCAAGGUGCAUUGAAGAUGUUCUGGCUCGUAGUGGCCCAACACCCUAUUAAGAAACGUUAUGUUCGUGUUUCCUUUAUUUUGGCAGUUACCCGUAGGUGCAGUAACACAACAGUGUCCUUGUCCCAGAAGGCAUCUUUAUCACUGGCCUUAUGAUAUGAUGUUCAAUUCCCUUACAUUUCUAACAAAACAAUCCCUUAUUGGUACUAGGGUUUCAAAAUUCAUGGAACUUUCAAUAAAUUCCCUGUUUUUCCACAAAUCCUGGUUGGAGGAAUACGGGUUUGCUGCUUGUUCCCUCCUGAUUCUGGGAGUCUUGUGCAACCCUAAUUGGUAUUGUUUAAAUUUAAAGAAGCAUUUGUCGAUUCAUGUAAGCACCUUUAUAAGAAGCACCUUUUGAUUCUCCUGUUGUGUUUCUGUUCUGGGGUGACCUUUAACCCACAGCUUUGGCCACAUGAUGAGCAAGGAGAAACGAGACUCCAUCAGCAAAGAGGACCUGGCCCGGGCUACGCUAGUCACCAUCACCAAUAACAUAGGUUCCAUUGCACGCAUGUGUGCCGUCAACGAGGUAACCACACACACAUUCUCCAUACAGUUUGCAUUAUUACACAUUAACAUGAAUUCACUAAUUUACACUAUAUAUACAAAAGUAUGUGGACACCCCUUCAAAUUAGUGAAUUCGGCUAUUUCAGCCACACCCGUUGCUGACAGGUGUAUAAAAUUGAGCACACAGCCAUGCAAUCUCCAUAGACAAACAUUGGCAGUAGAAUGACCUUAAAGAGCUCAGUGACUUUCAACCUGGCACUGUCAUAGGAUGCCACCUUUCCAACAAGUCAGUUCGUCGAAUUUCUGCCCUGCUAGAGAUGCCCUCGGUCAACUGUAAGUGCUGUUAUUGUGAAGUGGAAACGUCUAGGAGCAACAACAGCUCAGCUGCGAAGUGGUAGGCCACACAAGCUCACAGAACGGGACCGCCGAGUGCUGAAGUGCGUAGCGUGUAAAAUUAAUCUGUCCUCGGUUGUAACACUCACUACCGAGUUCCAAACUGCCUCUGGAAGCAACGUCAGCACAAGAACUGUUCGUCAGGAGCUUCAUGAAAUGGGUUUCGAUGGCCGAGCAGCCGCACACAAGCCUGAGAUCACCAUGCGCAAUGCCAAGCAUCGGCUAGAGUGGUGUAAAGCUCACCGCGAUUGGACUCUGAAGCCGUGGAAACGCGUUAUCUGGAGUGAAGAAUCAUGCUUCAUCAUCUGGUAUUCCGAUGGACAAAUGUGAUUUUGGCGGAUGCCAGGAGAACGCUACCUGCCCGAAUGCAUAGUGUAAAGUUUGGUGGAGGAGGAAUAAUGGUCUGGGGCUGUUUUUCAUGGUUCGGGCUAGGCCCCUUCGUUCCAGUGAAGGGAAAUCUUAACGCUACAGCAUACAAUGACAUUCUAGACGAUUCUGUGCUUCCAACUUUGUGGCAACAGUUUGGGGAAGGGCUUUUCCUGUUUCAGCAUGACAAUGCCCCUGUGCACAAAGCGAGGUCCAUACAGAAAUGGUUUGUCGAGAUCGGUGUGGAAGAAUUUGACUGGCCUGCACAGAGCCCUGACCUCAACCCCAUCGAACACCUUUGGGAUGAAUUGGAACACCGACUGCGAGCCAGGCCUAAUCGCCCAACAUCAAUGCCCGACCUCACUGAUGCUCUUGUGGCUGAAUGGAAGCAAGUCCCUGCAGCAAUGUUCCAACAUCUAGUGGAAAGCCUUCCCAGAAGAGUGGAGGCUGUUAUAGCAGCAAAGGGGGGACCAACUCCAUAUUAAUGCCCAUGAUUUUGGAAUGAGAUGUUCCGACGUGCAGGUGUCCACAUACUUUUUGAUCAUGUAGUGUAUGUUUUCAGGAGAAGUAGUUGUCUGAAGGGCAUAUUUGCAUUUCCACGUUAGUCAUUUAGCAGACGCUCUUAUCCAGACCGACUUUAAAGUUAGCGCAUGAAUCUUAAGGUAGCUAGGUGGGACAACCGCAUAUUAAAGUGAUUUGGGUGGUUUUCUGUGUGCUUUCAGCUUCUUGACAGUGUUACCAGGGCUAUCAAAUGGCACACAGCUUCAGUGCCGCCGCCACCAUCUGACCUUUAGACUUUGUCCUAAAGCAUGAACCACAGAAAAUAGAAUACUUAAUUGCCCGAACAACAAUGGUUGAUAGGAACUUGUUUUAGUGUCAUAGUGAUUGUACAGGACAGGACAAACAGUGCAAGGCAGUUCAGUUCAACAGGGACACAGCAGUACAGAUACAUACUGUACCUAGCGUUUCAAGGUCCAACUGAUUUCUCAUCUCUGGCGUUGUAAAUUGAAUCACAUUGAGUACAGGGCCGGGGACGUACAGCAGACUCCUGUCUUUUAGCUUCGCAUUGUGGUCGUAAUUCAUAUUUUUCUUCCAAUGUUGCUACAGUUUUAUGUGUAUGUACAGUGGGGGGAAAAAGUAUUUAGUAAGCCACCAAUUGUGCAAGUUCUCCCACUUAAAAAGAUGAGAGAGGCCUGUAAUUUUCAUCAUAGGUACACGUCAACUAUGACAGACAAAUUGAGAAAAUAAAAUCCAGAAAAUCACAUUGUAGGAUUUUUAAUGAAUUUAUUUGCAAAUUAUGGUGGAAAAUAAGUAUUUGGUCACCUACAAACAAGCAAGAUUUCUGGCUCUCACAGACCUGUAACUUCUUCUUUAAGAGGCUCCUCUGUCCUCCACUCGUUACCUGUAUUAAUGGCACCUGUUUGAACUUGUUAUCAGUAUAAAAGACACCUGUCCACAACCUCAAACAGUCACACUCCAAACUCCACUAUGGCCAAGACCAAAGAGCUGUCAAAGGACACCAGAAACAAAAUUGUAGACCUGCACCAGACUGGGAAGACUGAAUCUGCAAUAGGUAAGCAGCUUGGUUUGAAGAAAUCAACUGUGGGAGCAAUUAUUAGGAAAUGGAAGACAUACAAGACCACUGAUAAUCUCCCUCGAUCUGGGGCUCCACGCAAGAUCUCACCCCGUGGGGUCAAAAUGAUCACAAGAACGGUGAGCAAAAAUCCCAGAACCACACGGGGGACCUAGUAAAUGACCUGCAGAGAGCUGGGACCAAAGUAACAAAGCCUACCAUCAGUAACACACUACGCUGCCAGGGACUCAAAUCCUGCAGUGGCAGACGUGUCCCCCUGCUUAAGCCAGUACAUGUCCAGGCCCGUCUGAAGUUUGCUAGAGUGCAUUUUGAUGAUCCAGAAGAGGAUUGGGAGAAUGUCAUAGGGUCAGAUGAAACCAAAAUAUAACUUUUUGGUAAAAACUCAACUCGUCGUGUUUGGAGGACAAAGAAUGCUGAGUUGCAUCCAAAGAACACCAAGGGGCUGUUUUUCUGCAAAGGGACCAGGACGACUGAUCCGUGUAAAGGAAAGAAUGAAUGGGGCCAUGUAUCGUGAGAUUUUGAGUGAAAACCUCCUUCCAUCAGCAAGGGCAUUGAAGAUGAAACGUGGCUGGGUCUUUCAGCAUGACAAUGAUCCCAAACACACCGCCCGGGCAACGAAGGAGUGGCUUCGUAAGAAGCAUUUCAAGGUCCUGGAGUGGCCUAGCCAGUCUCCAGAUCUCAACCCCAUAGAAAAUCUUUGGAGGGAAUUGAAAGUCUGUGUUGCCCAGCGACAGCCCCAAAUCAUCACUGUUCUAGAGGAGAUCUGCAUGGAGGAAUGGGCCAAAAUACCAGCAACAGUGUGUGAAAACCUUGUGAAGACUUACAGAAAACAUUUGACCUGUGUCAUUGCCAACAAAGGGUAUAUAACAAAGUAUUGAGAAACUGUUGUUAUUGACCAAAUACUUAUUUUCCACCAUAAUUUGCAAAUAAAUUCAUAAAAAAUCCUACAAUGUGAUUUUCUGGAUUUUUUUUUCUAAUUUUGUCUGUCAUAGUUGACGUGUACCUAUGAUGAAAAUUACAGGCCUCUCUCAUCUUUUUAAGUGGGAGAACUUGCACAAUUGGUGGCUGACUAAAUACUUUUUUUCCCCCACUGUACUUGUGUUUUGUAAUAUAAUUUCGUCAAAAUAACUUGAAUCAUGUUAAAAUGUUAACCGUUCCUGUUGUUAUGAUUCAGAACUGUUAAUCUGUUGUGUUUCGCAAGACUCACUGCAGUAUUGGUUUUGUAAUGGUGUUCUUAGUGGGAAAACGAGUGAAUUGGACACAUGACAUAUAUUUUACUACCUUUUUUCACUUUCAGAAAAUCGAGAGAGUUGUGUUUGUUGGGAAUUUCUUACGGAUCAACACCAUUUCAACUAAGCUGCUGGCCUACGCCAUGGACUUCUGGUCAAAGGGGCAACUGAAGGCCUUGUUCUUAGAACACGAGGUAGAGCACUCGAUUUUAGUUUGGAUUUUAGAUCCUGGCAGACUGAACGUAAACAAAGCCGUCAACCCCAUAGCUCCCCAGAUUCCAUAAUCAAUUUCCUUGAUUCCAUUCAUUAGUGUGGUAAUAGUACUCGUACUGCAUUUGAGUAUUUAGUAAUAAUACUAUAUUUACCGCGUUGUGUGUUUUCUGUAGGGCUAUUUUGGAGCGGUUGGGGCCUUACUGGAGCUUCUAACGUCGUCUGAGGAGCCGUGAAGAGAUGCCCCCGUGUCGACUCUAUAGAAGCUGCUGAAAAGGUUUUCACGGAAGCCACCACAGGAAACUGGAAAAAAAACUGGGGGAAAAGCCAUUUUAAAUAAUUUUAACAACUGUAAAUAUCAUUUAACUCCCUCCCCCUAAACUCCCCUCAAAUAUAGGUUUUUUAAUAAAACUAAUGUCAUGUCUCAUGUCAUGGACCCUGGGUGGCAGGUAAAUGCUAAGGAUCACAGAGACGGUGUUAGUUUUUGGCACUUUGUGUAAAUACCGGUACCUAUUUGUGCAGUUCUAGAGUGCACUAAAGCCAAAACCUGCUGAGAUUUGACCUGUGUUGACAGUCGAGUUACGUCUGAGGUAUAGAGGAAAAUUAGCUUAUGUUAUGUUCUGUCCAGCUAUGUAAAAAAAGUCUGACAGUGGGAAAGGGUUUAGUUUCAUUCGUAUUAAAUGAAGGGACCAAGAGGCUGUUUCAUCAUCAUUGACUGGCCCUUUAAUUCAGCGGGUCACAACAAGGGUCCACUUUCCUCUGUCGCCGUCAUCAUAGCUUUAAUUAUCACAGCAUGGUUAACAGUAAUGGGGUGUUUUUAAAAACCACUGGUUCACCAACCUCCUCAAACUCUCUUUUAGUGAUGGGAGUUCUGUGAUCUGCUAGUACGUCAGUCACUUUUCAAGAGAUGUCACGAUCUUGAUACUUUGGUUGUUUUGAGAUGCUGAACUAUGAGUGUGCCUUUCUCACUAAGAAAGUGCCCUCUUCUCUCCAAACCCUGGCCCAUGACGACACCCACUCUACAGCCAGUCAUGCUGCAGAAUCGCCUAGUGUUUGAAUUGCCUAGUAAGGACUUUUUUGGUGUUUUUAUCUAUUGUAGUUGUAAGAAAGGUACAGAACUACUGCCAGCAGUUAGUCUAUAUAGGGAUUUAAGAGAUUUUCUCUUCCUGUGUCUGUGGGAGUUCUUCUCCCAGUGCAAAGUCUCCAUUACCUGCAGUUUGGACAGGAAGUCUCUCUUUUGGCCCCCAAAGUAAUUCCCAUAGCUGCUAUGAGUUUUCUUGUUUUAGUCAUCAGUUAAAGCUAUUCAAUGUGAAUGUGCUUGUAGCUAGAAGAUUGAAGGACCAUCACACUAGACAUGUAUUACCUGUUGGCCUAGGUAUUUCAAACGGUAGCAUUAACUGAGCAGCAAGUAGUCAAAGAAACAUAAAUGUAUUGCAUCCAUCAAACUUCUAUCAUAAUGACCUCCAUAAAAUGUUGCAUAAAAAUAGCUUUGGCACCUCCUCCAGUUAGAAUAAUACCGUUGCAUCCAAUGUCUCAACCUUUGGUAUUAUGACAUCACAGAAUGUUCUGUUCUGUUUGUGUUUUUCCUUACUUUGCUCCAUGUUGGUUAAUGGUCUCAUCCUGUCAGGUGCCACUCUGUUGUCAAACUGGGGAACAGUUCACUUACUGGCUACUCGGUGCCACCCUCUUCUCGACUCAACCCUAUUUGUUGCCUUUGUGGUGUUUUUAGUGGAAUUAAACUGAACAAAAAUAUAAACGCAACAUGUAAAGUGUUAGUCGCAUGCUGAAAUAAAAGAUCCCCAAAAUUGUCCAUAUGCACAAAAUGAUUAUUUAUCUCAAAUUUUGUGAACAAAUUUGUUUACAUCCCUGUU